AUGAGUUUAUAAUAAGACUACGAUUAUUUAUUUAAAUUACUUUUAAUUGGAAAUUCUUCAGUUGGAAAAUCAUCUUUACUUCUUCGUUUUUCCGAUAACAUAUUCAACGAAUGCUUUUUGCCUACAAUAGGUGUAGAUUUUAAAAUAAGAACAUUUGAUAUUCAAGGAAAAGCUGUUAAAUUAUAAAUAUGGGAUACUGCCGGUUAAGAACGUUUCAAAACUAUCACAUCUUCCUACUAUAAAGGUGCCCAUGGUAUAAUUUUAGUUUACGAUAUAACCGAUAGAUAGACAUUUAAAGACAUUGACAAUUGGCUUGCCGAAGCAGACAAAAACGCAAACGAAAACGUUAUAAAGCUUUUAGUAGGAAAUAAAAUUGAUUUAGAAAAUAAAAGACAAGUGAGCUUUGAUGAAGGUAAAGAAUUGGCUGAUUCUUUAGGAAUUAAAUUUAUAGAGACUUCUGCGUUAACAGCAAGUAAUGUAGAAAAUGCAUUUGUUACUUUAGCUACUGAAAUCAUAAGUAGAGUCUAAAAAAGCAGCGAUAAUAAUAAGGGAGGAAAUCAAGCUUCAGGCAAAACUAGAAUUAGAGCUGGUGAAGAUAUUAAUAAUAUAAAAAAAUAAGGUGGAUGUUGUUGAGAGAG